AUGGAUAUUUCAGCGCCUGUUGGAACGACGAUUAGUCAACGUUCAGACAUUGUUACUUUGCAAGAAGGUGAUGAUUUUUCAGCUGCUUUUCAGCAAAGUGCUUGGCGUCCACUAGCAACGGCAAGUAGUGCCCCUUGGUCCAUCUCUGUACGUAUAAAUGUCAAUCGAAGGUCUGACAAUGGUUUGUAUAACAAUGCUCCGGUAGCUACAAUGAUGUCUCCCAUCUUAAUUCCUGUCAAUCAAUUAACAAUCAUUAAUGUGCCUGUAGCUGAUGCCGACGGAGAUAUAAUCCAUUGUCGAUGGUCUACCACAUCGAAUGGAGUAGAUGAAUGUGGUGGUGUAUGUCCACCCAGUUCAUUACCAUCAAACAUGACAAUCUAUCCUAAUUGUACUAUUUUGAUAAUAGAUCAAACUGUUGGCAACUGGUUUGCUGUGGCACUUAUGGUCGAAGAUUUCAUUGACUCAACAAGCAUAAUUCCUCUCAGUUCGAUACCUGUUCAAUUUCUUGUACAGAUAGUAAACCAAUCGUCAUGUCCUAAUCCACCUACAAUUAUUGGACCAUCUCUUGAAGAGUCAUGUAUAGUAGUUGUAACUGGUCAAACAUUUAUAUCACAGCUAUUUGCUUUAAAUAAUUGUGGUUCAAGUGUGACUAUUAUGGAUAUUACUAUAUUGGCUUUUCUUGGAAUGAUACGAGGAAACAUCACUCAAGUAAAUACAACUACCUAUUAUAUUGAUCUCUCAUGGACACCGACUGACUCUCAACUUGGUUAUCAAGUUAUAUGUGCAAUGGCAUUCGAUAGGUAA